UGGGUAGCUCUCUUCAAAAGAACAUUUCUAAAGAUUUCUUCACCUGUAUUUUGCAUUAUACGGCUUCGUGGUGGAAACGUCCUUCGCGGUACUUUUCCUCUAACAGUAGCCUGUUUGUUCUUAAAUUGUAACGAGAGGGUAAAGUAUGCGUCGGUUGAAAGUUAAAGUAGUAGGGGACGGCGGAGUUGGAAAGACCUCCUUUCUCAUUCGUUGGUACAAAGAGAACUUUCCUUCGGAAGAUGAUAUACCGUUAUUUCCAGGACGGGAACGGGUUUUACCUUCUGUGCAAGAUCCUUUCUUCACGAACAUGACUGUGGACCGAGUAAGCUAUGUGCUAACUUUCUGGGACACAAUUUGUGGAGCUGAUUACCUAAAAUUUCGACCCAUGGAAUACGAGGAGACUGAUGUAUUUCUCGUGUUUUUCGACAUCUCGAAUCCUAGCUCUUUCCAAAACGUCUCUACCGUCUGGGUGCCUGAAUUGAAGCAUUACAUGCCCUCCACUCCAAUCCUCGUCGUUGGAAACAAAACAGAUUUGCGCAAAACAUGCAAUUCUCCUGAUGGCAUGAUUACAAUUACAAAGGGGCAUGAACUUGCAGAGAGAUUGGGUACCUGUUACUGUGAAAGCAGUGCAGACACGGGAGACGGUGUGCACAAUGUGAUCCAUACAGCAGUGGGUUUGGCCAUUCAGAACCAAAAUCCCCCAAAGAUCAAGUUGAAUUUUAAAGUUUUCCAGUGGAGGGGAAAGACACCAAAAGUCUUACGACAUGGGCCAGAACCACCUGUGUUAUCUCCACCAGAUCCAAUGCCACAAGUGAAAGUUCUUCCUUCCACAUUCACUGAUGAUAUGAAGAAGAUGUACAGAGAUGAAUCAGGGAAUUCAGAUAUCAAACUCCUGUUCAAUUCAAACAAUCACCCACUUGGUGCACAUAAAAUUAUCCUCAGUGUAGGUUCUACAGUCUUCCGCGAUUUCUUUUUGAACAAUGGUGAAGAAGUUGAACUGAGUAGAUUGCUUAGUAAUACUGAUUCCUGUUCAUGUCUUACUGCCAAGGAAAGCAGGCCAAACACCGGAAAAAAGAGCAGUGCAAAAGACAUGCUUCACUUGUCUACAAACCUUCCCAAUUCAGUUUCAAAUCACCAAAGCUUGUCUCCUUCACCAAACUUGGAGAGAAAGUCUAAAACAGGAAGACCAAAGAAUUGCUUACAUUUCAAUAACAGUGUUUCAGGCAGAGCUUUUCAACAUGUUCUAGAGUUUCUCUAUACGGGUUCACCAAACAUUUCUUCUGAUACUGAUGAGGCACUGUUAACCAAAGUCAUGAGUCUAUCUCACAGGUUGCAUAUUCCUUGGCUGGGGCAAAUCUGUGAGAAUAUAACAAAUGGGGAGAGCUACCUUAUUCCAAGCAUGGUCGCUAUUCUUCAUGAGGAAAGAAGCAAAAUUGUAAAGGAGAACUUUGUCAACAAGCCACACUUUUCUGAUGUCAUUUUUCAUGUGAAGAAUACCAUAUUUUAUGCUCACAGAGCUGUGUUGAUGGCAAGGUCUGAGGUCAUGGCAGCCAUGUUUGGUGGUGGGUUCAGUGAACGUGAUAGCCUUGAGGUGACCAUCAAGGUAACAACAGGGAAGAGUUUCAUGGCACUACUGGUGCACUUGUACACUGAUACAUUACCUACUGACAUGUCUGUUGGUGACUUCAGGGAACUUCUGGUGCUUGCUGACAGGUUUUGCCUGUCGCAGCUUAUUUCAGUCUGUGAAAAUGCUAUUAUAGAUAGAAUUGGGGUGGAGAUUAAGAAGAAACGAAUGACAUCUGCGAAGUGUAACGACAUCAUUAACUUGCUUCUCACUGGACAGGCUCAUAAUGCUCCUCAGUUGGCAAGGUGGUGCUUGUAUGUGAUCACAACAAACUACCCCGACUUUGAAGCCUGUGAUGAUUUUGAUCUCAUUAAGGGUGACAAUCGAAGGCACAUCCUGGAACAUCGCUGGCCACCGCUCUCCUAUCUGAAAGAAUUGGAAGAGUUCAAGAGGAAGACUGGGAGAACAUAAAAUAUUGAAUAGAACAUACGAAUAACUAAUUGAUACUGAGAUAAGUGAUGUCAACCAUUUAACUCCCAAGAUCCAUUGAGAAAUUCUUCCCUCCAACUUUAUUACAUUUCCUUUUAAUUUAAAUAUGGGAAUUUGGUGUCAUAUCAAGAUAAACCUUGUGGCUGAUAUGCUUUACUAUUCUCAUAAGCUGUUCACAAAAUAAUGAUUUGAAGUCAUUAGAAGUUACAUGUUUAUAACAUACUGAAUUCUGAAUUUAAUAGGCUCCUAUGAAUGUAAUUCAGAUAUUAAUUUUUUAACAGAUUCAAACAUAACAGUCAACUAGGAUACAAUGUAGUCAUGUUAUCUCAGUCAGUUCUAGGAAAUCCAACCUUGAGGUAGCUUUCCAAGUAUGAGAUUGUACUAGUAUUGGUAUACAAGUGCAACAUUGCCAUGGAUGUUUCGAAACCUUAAUUUCUGAAAAAGUCGUCGUGCAACCAAAGAUUUGUGCUAAAGGACUAUUUUGCUAGGAGUUGGGCCAACUGUUCAUAUAGUUGACAUGUUGAUCAUUAGAUGGGUCUCUAGCAGA